AUUCCUCGCAAAUGUUUGGGCAGCUGUCCGCCCCCCUCAUUCUUUGAAUCCCCGCCUACGAGCCGUGAAACGUUGCUGACGAAGACCGACCAAACAACAAGAACAGAAAUCAAGAUGUUCUCCAGCUUCUUUGAAACUGCCCGGAACUCGCCAUUCCGCACUCCCCUGACGUCCGCAAGAUGCGAUGCCGCUGCCCCUGUGGUGGAUCCCCAGCCGGUUGAGGGUCGCCAAAUUGCCGCUGCCGCUACUCCAGUAGCCAACCAGCAGGACUCAUGCGAAUUCGGCAGCACUAAGUACUUUGCCCUGUGCGGUAUCGGUGGCAUCCUUAGCUGCGGCACCACCCACACCUUUGUCGUACCCCUGGAUUUGGUCAAGUGCCGUCUGCAGGUCGACCAGGCCAAGUACAAGAACCUGUUCCAUGGAUUCAAGGUCACUGUGGCGGAGGAAGGCACUCGUGGUUUGGCCAAGGGCUGGUUCCCAACCCUGCUGGGCUACUCGGCACAGGGUCUCUGCAAGUUCGGUCUGUACGAGCUGUUCAAAGUAAAGUACGCUGAUAUUAUUGGUGAGGAGAAUGCCUACCUGUACCGUACAUCCUUGUAUCUGGCUGCUUCCGCUUCGGCUGAAUUCUUCGCUGAUAUUGCUCUGUCGCCAUUCGAGGCCGCCAAGGUCAAGAUCCAGACCAUUCCUGGAUAUGCCAACAACUUCCGCGAGGCUGUGCCCAAGAUGCUGAAGGAGGAGGGUGUAACUGCCUUCUACAAGGGUCUGGUUCCUCUGUGGAUGCGACAGAUCCCAUACACCAUGAUGAAGUUCGCUUGCUUCGAGCGUACCGUGGAGCUGCUCUACAAGUAUGUGGUGCCCAAGCCUCGUGCUGACUGCUCUAAGGGCGAGCAAUUGGUCGUUACCUUCGCUGCUGGAUACAUCGCUGGUGUGUUCUGCGCUGUUGUCUCUCAUCCCGCUGAUGUUGUGGUCUCCAAGCUGAACCAGGCCAAGGGAGCCAGCGCUGUUAGCGUGGCCAAGUCUCUGGGCUUCAGUGGCAUGUGGAAUGGAUUGACUCCACGUAUCAUUAUGAUCGGUACAUUGACUGCUCUGCAGUGGUUCAUUUAUGAUGGUGUCAAGGUCGCUUUGGGUAUUCCCCGUCCACCACCACCAGAGAUGCCAGCCAGCCUAAAGGCCAAGCAGCACUAAAUGGGCUAGUUCAAUAUUGGUUAACUUAAGGCCAGAGUUGAUUAGUUGGCGCAAUUGUGGGCAGACCCCAGGAGCAACAUACUUUUACUUUCUAACGAAUUUUUUUUCGAUAUCUGUACAGCUGAUUUCUUCUCAACAAUACAUCAAUGUUGCGUGUGUGCCAUUGCACAUGUACAUUCCAGAACCAUA